CUCGGCGGCUCCGGAGCGAGCGGGGCCGCGCGUCCCCUCGGCCGCCUGCGCCGGGCGGCCCCGCCGCGCCGACAUGGACCCGCGGCGCCUCAACGCCUCGCUGCAGGAGCUGCUCUGCCGCCCCGGCCCCGGCCCCGGCCCCGGCAACGCCACCGGCAACGGCACCGGCGGCGGCCCCGCCUGGAACGGCUCCGGCUGCGACCUGCCCCGCCGGGGCCUCCGCGGGCCCCCCGCGCCCAAAGACCUGGACCUGACGGUGCGCGUCCUGCUGUACGCGCUGAUCUUUGUGCUGAGCGUGUGCGGGAACGCCCUGGUCGUGGCCGUGCUGCUGCUGAACCGCCGCCUGCGCACCGUCACCAACUCCUUCCUGCUGUCCCUGGCCCUCAGCGACCUCAUGCUGGCCCUGUGCUGCAUGCCCUUCACGCUGGUCCCCAACCUCAUGGGCACCUUCGUCUUCGGGGAGGCCGUCUGCAAGCUCAUCGCCUACCUGAUGGGCGUCUCGGUGUCGGUCUCCACCUUCAGCCUGGUGGCCAUCGCCAUCGAGCGGUACAGCGCGAUCUGCAACCCGCUGCAGUCCCGCGUGUGGCAGACGCGCUCGCACGCCUGCCGGGUCAUCGCCGGCACCUGGCUCUUCUCGGCGCUGCUCAUGCUGCCCUACGCCGUCUACAGCACCACGCGGGCGCUGCCGGCCCACGGCGCCCACCCGCCCGCCCGCCAGUGCACGCACGACUGGCCCAGCGAGCACGUCCGCCAGGCCUGGUACGUCCUGCUGCUCCUCGUCCUCUUCUUCGUCCCGGGCGUGGUGAUGAUCGUGGCCUACGGGCUCAUCUCCCGCGAGCUCUACCGCGGCAUCCGCUUCGAGCUGGACGUCAAGGGGGAGGCGGCAGCCCGGUGCGGUGGCGCGGGGCCGGCGCCCGCCUGCGACGAGGGCGACGGCUGCUACCUGCAGCUCUCCCGGCCGGGCGGCGUGCUGGAGCUGCGGGCGCUGGGCGCGCAGCAGGACCGGGCACGCAUCAACUCCUCGGAGGCGAAGCUGGUGGCCAAGCGGCGCGUGAUCCGCAUGCUGGUGGUCAUCGUGGCCAUGUUCUUCCUCUGCUGGCUGCCCAUCUUCAGCGUCAACACGUGGCGCGCCUUCGCCCCGCGGGCGGCCCAGCGGGCCCUCUCCGGGACGCCCAUCUCCUUCAUCCACCUGCUCUCCUACAUCUCCGCCUGCGCCAACCCGCUCAUCUACUGCUUCAUGAACCGCCGCUUCCGCAAGGCCUUCCUGGCCACCUGCGCCGGCUGCCGCCGCGCCUGCCCGCGCCGCCCGCCCGACGACGACCUGGCCCACGCCACCGCCUCGCUCUCCAAGUUCAGCUACACCACCGUCAGCAGCCUCGGCCCGCCCUGAGCCCCGUGCCCCCGGGCUCCGCGCCCCGGCCCCGCCGCGCACCCGCCGCCCCACUGGCCCUGCCACCCCUCCGUGCACCCCGACACGUGCCAUGCACCCAGCCCCAGAGCAGCCCCAGCGCCCCCCACGCCUCCGUGCACCCCGACACGUGCCGUGCACCCAGCCCCAGAGCAGCCCCAGCACCCACCACGCCUCCGUGCACCCCGACAUGUGCUGUGCACCCAGCCCCACAGCAGCCCCAGCGCCCCCCACGCCUCCGUGCACCCCGACACGUGCCGUGCACCCAGCCCCACAGCAGCCCCAGCACCCACCACGCCUCCGUGCACCCCGACAUGUGCUGUGCACCCAGCCCCACAGCAGCCCCAGCACCCCCUGUGCCUCUGUGCACCCAGCACUCACUGUGCACCCAGCCCCACAGCAGCCCCAGCACCCCCCAUGCACCCAGCACCCCCCGUGCACCCAGGCCCACAGCAGCCCCAGUGCCCCCCACGCCUCCGUGCACCCCGACACAUGCCGUGCACCCAGCCCCACAGCAGCUCCAGCACCCACCAUGCCUCCGUGCACCCCGACAUGUGCCGUGCACCCAGCCCCACAGCAGCUCCAGCACCCCCUGUGCCUCUGUGCACCCAGCACUCACUGUGCACCCAGCCCCACAGCAGCCCCAGCACCCACCAUGCACCCAGCACCCCCCGUGCACCCAGCCUCAGAGCAUCCCCAGCAGCCCCCACACCUCCGUGCACCCCGACACGUGCCGUGCACCCAGCCCCACAGCAGCCCCAGCACCCCCAUGCACCCAGCACCCGCUGUGCACCCAGCACCUUCCAUGCCCCUGGCUCUUUCGUGCCUCCCUGCACCCCAGCACCCUCCCUGCGCCCCAGAGCUCGCUGUGCCUCCGUGUGCCUCCAGCACCCUCCGUGCACCCCAGCACCCAUCACACCGCCGUGCAUUGCAGCUCCCUCCAUGCGCCCCAGCACCCUCCCUGCGCCCCACGCCCCCGCGUGCCCCCGGCACCUCCAGCCCCGGCCCGGCCCUGGCACCCCCGUGCGCCCCGGCGGCACCCGCGCCCUCCAAACCCCGGUGCCGCCGGCGCCCGGGAGAUGCCGCCCGGGCAGAGCCCGCAGGGGAGCCGGGGCCGGGCUGGGGGCCGGGGGGCUGGGGCUGCCCGUGCCCUGCCCGGGGUCUGCGGUGCCGGGGCCGGGGGGCACCGGGGACAGGCCCCCCCCGCCCCAUGCAGCCGGGUCUGCGCUCGGCCAGGCUGCCCCGUCCGGCCCCGGGGACCGGCCCCAGCGCGGCGGCGGCCGGGGACGGCGGGGACACGGCGCCCCGGGGCCUCCCCGCUCCGCUCCCGCGGGCUCCGGCUGCAAUAAAGCCUUGACCUCGU